AUGGGAGGACUCAACCAAGACACUUGGAAGCAGCCGCCCGCGUCUCUCAGCGUGGAAUGGCCCACCAAGAGCACCUUCAAGGACGGCCCAAGCCUCGAAGAGCAGAAGGCCCGAAUGAGAGAGACCCGAACAAAGGUCUCCAACGCGAUCGCUGCGUCUGGAUUCGCUGUCCCUCGGUGGCCCGAGAUCGGACAGCAGGUCAAAUGGAACCCUCCCAAGACAUCGCUUGGUGAUGGACUAACCAACUUGACUUCUCAUCGAGAUGAGCAAAGCUCGUCUGCCGCGAACCGUAUCCCUCGACGAUACCAAUCCUCAACCACAGACGGAGGCACUCGCUCCCCAAUUCGAUCUGCACCAAGCGAAGAGGCCCGAUCGUCAAUCGACCAGCACGACUCGCCUCUUUUGCAACUCAUCGGUCGCCGACGAGACAGGUUGCGGCAAUUAGAAACCACCACUCAAGACAACACACUAACCGCACAAGACGACAUCGGCAUCCGUGGCUACAUCGAUCCUUCGAUCUUCAAUCCUCGAAUCAACGUUGUAGAGCUGCCUGACAACACAUUCCUGCGCCCUCCGCCAGCAGCCCCGCGCGCCAUGCUGGAAAACAUGUCAUCUCAAGAUCGCCCACUGCGGUUUGGUAGGCCACGCCGACACUCUGAGGCGACUGAAACAAGUUUCGACUCUGUCAACACUCGUCGGGCGCGUGGCUACUCCUCUGCGACCAGCGACACUCAUCACAGCUUCGAGCCCAUUCUUCUGGAUUGUGGCGACGAACAUGAUUCCACCGGUGCCUAUGACCGCCCCGAGAUUAAUAUCGCCGACAGCAGCGUUAACACCGCGAACCGGGAACGAGCACAAUCUUCAGCUACUUUCAAGGUUGAGUCUCGUCACAUUCUUGAUACUCCACGGGUCAUCGGUCCCCCUCCAGGUUUCGAGCCUCACAAGACCAUCCAGCAAGGCACCACACCACGGCCGGGCUUUGGCGUGUUUUACUCAGAGCCAGAUCACAUGAACGGCAGCUGGAGUCAAUCUCGCAUCUGGGUCAGUGAAGAGGAGCGCCUGAGGCUCAACUUCGCCCGCAUGCAAGAGAAGGCACACCACCUCGGCUGGGAUAAGUCUCCCUUCCUCCCGGAGACUGUCGGUGAGUACGCCGAUCUGCUGGCUGAGAAGAAAGCUGCAGAAGCUGAACGAAUUCGCAAGAAGAUCCAGCAGAACGAGAGGGCGGCGCGAACCCGUCUGAACGAGGAGGCGAUGGUGAGUCACCGGUCUCAGCUCAUCAAUGCCAAUUGCCUAUUCUUUGGCGAAGCACUAAUCGACGAAUUUGUGCAGACGGCGCCACCGCAGCAGCAGCAGAUCGAGCUAUUUAAGGGCAACAGGGCGAGGGAUGGACUGUCGUCGGUACUGGCAAUGGAAAGCUGCUUCAACGAGAUCCCUGCCGACGCUCCCGAGUCCGAACGAGUCGACUGGCCGCCUGACGCAGAGUUUCGGAGCUGGAAGGGCUCUCGACCUCGACCUCCGCCUGGUUUUGCGAGACGGCGAAGCAGCUUGCACCGCGGGGCUUGGCCUUUCCCUCGCACCAAUGUCCCUUACCGACCGCAGGAUUCCUUUCCCAACAACGACAUUCCUUAUAGCCAGAGGAGAAUAAUACUCGUUCCUCGCUGGGACUGGAUGCCAAAGUUUGCGAAGACACUCCCUGACGAGUCUCAUAUUUCGGCCUCGGAGCCAUUCUUGACUGACAUCAGCAUGUUACUCCCGUCAGAUCUUUUUCUAUGA